ACGAAGAAGAAGAAGAAGAUUGGCGGCCAUUACUAAAACUUGGCAAUGUCAAAUUUCAUGUCCGGACGCCUAGUAAAUUUAGUGAGCGACUUUCUUGGGAAAAUAGGUGUAAGUAGGUGGUAAAAAGUGCCCCAGUGGAUGCUUGGACCAUUGAACUUGUGCGUGGUGUAGAGAUUUGUGCGGAAAAGGGCAUUCCCAGUGUGCUGUGUACGGAUUAUCGUCGGGACGUUUUUUUGGGUGGCGCUGUUGUAUGUGUGCGUUGGUUCGGCACGUACUUUUUAGCCAUUUCCUCACGCAUUUUUGUGCUACAUUCACCCCUACCGUUGUCCCCUGCGCCACCAGUGACAUCCCCGUGGGGCUCACCGUGCCAGGCGUUCGGGUAUCGCAGGAGAUCCGGUGAGAAUUUUGUGCGCUUCGGGGUGGAGGAGAUUUGAGGAGAGUUUUUUUUUGUGUGUGCGAGUUUGGGGGGAGAGCGAGAGGAAAGAUGGGUGACGAGUCACAACCGAAAACCCUCUAUGUGGGCAACUUGGACAAUUCCGUCUCGGAGGACCUCCUGUGGUCGCUCUUUGGACAGAUUGGACUCGUGAAGAAUUGCAAGAUUAUCCGGGAGCCCGGCAAUGAUCCCUACGCGUUCAUUGAGUUCACAAAUCAUCAGGCAGCCUCAACGGCACUCACGGCCAUGAAUAAGCGACUCUUCCUUGACAAGGAGAUGAAAGUGAAUUGGGCCACGAGCCCGGGGAAUCAACCCAAAGCUGACACAAGUUCCCACCAUCAUAUUUUCGUGGGGGAUCUCAGUCCGGAGAUUGAGACGGAGACACUGAGGGAGGCAUUUGCACCCUUCGGGGAGAUCUCCAAUUGUCGCAUUGUGCGUGAUCCACAGACACUCAAGUCCAAGGGGUAUGCCUUUGUGUCGUUCGUGAAGAAGGCCGAGGCGGAGAAUGCCAUCCAAUCGAUGAAUGGCCAAUGGCUGGGUUCGCGGUCAAUUCGCACCAACUGGAGCACACGUAAACCCCCGCCACCACGCGAAACCACCAAGGGUGCAAAGGGUGGGAAGCAAUCCUACGAGGAGAUCUACAAUCAGACAAGCCCAACAAAUACCACCGUCUACUGUGGCGGCUUUGCGGCAAAUGUCAUCACGGAGGACCUCGUGCACAAGCACUUUGGGCAAUUCGGUGCCAUCCAGGAUGUGCGGGUGUUCAAGGACAAGGGCUAUGCCUUCAUCAAAUUCACCUCCAAGGAGGCAGCCACGCAUGCCAUCGAAGCCACUCACAAUACAGAAAUCAACGGACAACCCGUCAAGUGCUUCUGGGGCAAGGAGAAUGGCGGUGAUGCCACCAAUAAUGCCCAGCCAUCAAAUCAGAGUCAACCUGUGCAGCCACAGGGUGCACAGUACCCCUAUUCGUAUCAGCAAAUGGGCUACUGGUACCAACCGGGAUAUCCUGCGGCGCAGAUGCCAGCGCAGUACAUGCAACAGGGCUACUAUCCCUACGCCUACACGAGUCCGCAGCAAGGAGCCGGAGAUAUGUUUUCAGCAUAUCGCAUGGUACAGCCGGCCAAUACGAUGUAUAUGGGGGUGCCUACGGUACAGGGUGUGACAGCAGCCACAAAUGGGGCUGCUGCGAAUCAGCCACAAAUCAUGUAUACGGCGAUGCCGCAGUAUCAGACACAAUGAGACGAACUCAACACUGAGGAGGCCUCACAUGCAACCAAGAGGAUAAAGAGAUAGAAAUUUGUUGACACACAUUGUCCACAUGGGGACAAGAAGAGAAAGCUUGUGUAGAAAAAAAAAAUCUUGUAUGAAAAAUGUUGCUACUUAUUUUAGACUCCACCACAGCAAGAAAAAAAAGAAAUUUCCCCUAAAUAUGAGGAAGAAAAAAAAAUGCAUCAGCAGCUGAAGUUGAAAGGUAAUUAAUUUUAUUCUUGAAGCUGCGCCAAAAAAUAAUUAUUUUUUUUAUACAAGAAACUAUCUAAACCAAAAUAUCCUUUUGAUCUUAUCAAGAAACUUUAUUCCUGUUUUAUUAUUUUUCUCAGAAUAACAAAGCUUUCCCGUAAAAAAAGAAGGCUUCUAAUCCUACAAAAUUUCCUUUUAUUUAUUCACAAAAUUAAUUUGUGAAGUUUCUUUUAUAAAAUUUUCUGAGAAAAUUUUACAUAAUUAGGUGGGGUGGAUAAGAGAACAAUUUUUUGCAAGAAACUCUGGACAAAAGCGUGUGUGCGUGUAAAAUAAAUAAACAAGAUGAAAAAAAAAACUGAAAAUAUUCCCAUUUUAUCGUAAAUAUUAAGAAAUAUUUUGGAUUUAUAAUCAACUGAAAUCCUUGCAUAUUACAAACAAAAGAAGGACGAAAAGAGAGAAUUGAAAGCAUUCAAGUGUGGAGUUUUACAUGAAAAAAAAGAGAAGAAGGAUGAAAAGAGAGUCGAGGGAUCACCAAUUUGGGGGGAAAAUUAAGGAAAAUGCGCAUUGAUUUUUAAACAAAGAACAUGGGUUUACAACAUGGGAAAAAUGUGUGAUAUAUGUUUAAAAAAAAUUACUUAUAUUUAAUAGCAAAACAUAAAAGAAAACUACACUCAAAAAACUUUCAAGACCAAUUAAAAAAAACUUUUAUUUAUAAUUUAUUUUUAAUGUGUUUUUGUGCUGCAAUUUUUCAAAAAAAAAAAAAAGUUUCCUUUUUUAACAAGAAUAAGUAACAAAAAAAACUUUCUUUGGCAAUACAGCAAUGCUAAUAUUUUAUUUUACAAUUUUUUUUCCUAUUUUUUAUUAAUUCACUUUUUCUUGUGUUUUUUUGGUGUGAAAAUUCAAUUUUCUUUCUUUAAAAAUAAACUAAAAAAAUCAAUGGCAUUUUGUCUUUUAGGCUCAACUCUAACAAAUAAAUAAUAAUUAUUUAAUUAUGAAAAUCAGCACAACCCAAAUUUUAACGAAAAAAAAUCUAUCUCAAUUGAGAAAUCUUCUCAAAUCUUUUAUUAAUUUUUUUUUUGUAAAAAAAGACCUGAAAAUUCAUUUAUUGUUUUCCCCCUUUUAAAGAAAACUGAUUGGAAAUCAAUAUUUAAUGAAAAAAUAGAGCUGAAACGAGGAAUGGUUUGAUGGACGUAUAGAUAGGGUAUAAGAUUAUAAAAAAUGAAAAGAAAUAAUAACCUGCAGACAAAAUAUUUGUGUCUGAAAAUCUUUGUAAAUAAAUUGCGAGAGUUUGAGAGCAAAUAAGGUUAAAAAGUGUGAGAAAACUGCUAAAAAAUACUCCAUUUAAAAAAUCAUAUAAAAACCGUUUUACUGUUUCCAAAAAAAAUAAAAAGAAAAACAGAAAAUAAAAAAAAUGUAAAUAAAUGGAAAAAGCAAAGUGAAAGAAUAAGAAAAUAUAAGAAAAAAAUGUAAAAUAACGCAGAGAUGGAAUAUUUAGGGGUAUACCUACUGUUGUGGGAGAAAAAUUAUCAUGCAUAGGGUGUCUCAUGUUCAAUGCAAAAUCUAAAUUGAUUGAUUUUUUUUAAAUUUAGUGUUUUGGGUUCUUGGAAUUUUGACUUCUAAUGGUUUAUCAUAGUGAUACAUUUCAUUUUAUCUACUAAUCAUUUACGUGAUUGAUAUUGUAUCUUUCGAAGGUUUUAUGGGUUCUUCCCAAACGUCUUGAACGAUUUUUAUAUAUUUUUGUUCGUAAAUUUAAACAACUUUACACAAUUUUCUACUAAUAAGAAGAUAUGCCUAAAAGGAAUCUAAUUUAGACAUUUGCAAAACGACGUUCUGUAAAGAAAAUAUCUUGAAACUUUUACAAAUUUUACAAAGAGUCCCGGAAAAAGCUUCCGGACAUGGAAAAUACAUAAAAUACAGAAAAAUGCACAAAUUUUAAUAGAAAUCAGUUUAUUUUUAGUUAUUGAUUUAGAAAUGAAACGUUUUUUUUAUUCAUUGAAGAUUGGGCUAUUUUCAGCGACCAAGAAACCAUUGAAAUCUUUGAAUUUUGUACUGAAAUUUCAAGAUUUCAAGCGAAUUCAAAUUUUCUUAAAUAUUUCCAUGAAAAAAUAAAAAAAAAUUGUUUUAAUUAAAAAUAAAAAAGAUGAACGAAAAAUUGUCAAAAAUUCCAAACACUCCAAACCAAAGAUUUGCAAAGAAGAAUUCAAUUUAAAUUUUGCAUUUACAUUUGGGCACCCUCUAUAAACAAAAGAAAUAAACAAAAUAGAGAUUAAUCUAUUGAAGAGUGAGUAUUUAUGGGCAAAUAAAUUGGGUUUAAGAGCGAGAGGAAGAGAAAAAAUUAUCAAUAAAAAAUGCUGCAUAAUUUAUUAUCAAGAUGAAGAUGAAGAAAAUAUAAAGAUUAGGCAUAAAAAUGCAGGUGUGACUGCUGAAAAAAAUAAAGAAAAUCUUUGUUGUGGGAGAAGAUGAUAUAUUUUUAUACGAUAGUAAUUGCUUUUUGAUGCCGUUGAAGCGAAACUGAUUUUGCGAUAGUUUCACGGAAGGAUUUUUUUUUAAAAAAACAUUUUCAUUUCAGAUGAUUUCCAUUUUUUUUAAUUUUUGAAAUUUUGUGGCAAAAAAGGACACACGCAGAUUAUUUCGUAAAAAAUAAAUGAAAUUAUUUAAAGAAAAAAAGGAACAAUGCCAUUCACAUUCCAAUAGAGCAUAUCAAUUGCAAACAACGAAAGAAUUUUUUUUUGCAGAAAAAAAUAUUUUCGUACUCAAACUUUUUGAGUUUGUUUGAAAGAAUAGAAAAAAAGGAAAAUGAGUUCUCACGUUUUUUGCCGAAAAUGUGUCCUUCACUGCGAAAUAUAGAAGAAAAAAAAUCAUCCUGGAACACUGAAUGUCGAUCAACGGAAAAAAGGGAGAAGAAAAAUAAAUAAUUUAUUUUGUAGGAGAUGCGAAAGAGAAAUGAAAAACCAAUAAAAAAGAAAAAUUAUUCAAUUGCCCCCUCUUUUUGCAAAUGAAUAUACUUUCGAUGGUUUUCUCUAUAAGAGAGGUUUUAAAGUAAGUCGAGUAUGUUUUAUAUAAAAAAAUAAACAAUAUACAACCUUUUAAUUAAUAAAGAAAAAAAAUGAGUGAAAAAAUAAAGAAAUAUUUGCCCGAAGCGAGAGAAAAGAAAAUUGAGAAAAUGAGAUGGAUGCGACGUGGUUGGAGGUAGAUUUUUAAGUUCGGGUGAAGAGAUGGAAAAGAAAUGUAGCAAGUAAGCUGAUAUAACUUGUAAGAAUAUUAAUGAUAGUUACAUUUUAGAUAGGAUACAAAUAUGAAAAUGUAAUAAGAGCACAUUGAUAUAAGAAAGAAAUAAAUAAAAAUUUGAGAAAACCCA